AUGUCUACAUUCAAGAAGUUUGCUGAUAACCUUUUUUCCAAAAAGACGUUAAAGUAUAUGUGUACCACCCACUUUUGGGGACCAGUUUCUAAUUUCGGUAUUCCUGUUGCGGCUAUAAUGGAUUUGAAAAAGGACCCCGACAUGAUUAGUGGUCCAAUGACUGGUUCGUUGAUCUUAUACAGUUUAGUGUUUAUGAGGUAUUCCUUGGCUGUUACGCCAAAGAAUUAUUUGUUGUUUGGAUGCCAUUUUGUUAAUGAGUUGGCUCAAUUGGGCCAAGGAUUUAGGUGGACCAAGCACCAUUACAUCGACAAAGAAGCUGCUAAUAAGGAAGUAAAGAAUUAG